AUGGCACGAGCUAUAUGGGGUAAGUCAAAGUUUGAGUUUGUGCUUUCUUGGCAUUGUCGCUCGAUGCUGGAUUGGUGGGAAAGAAGCAUUGCUGAGCUAGAUGAGGAGGAUAUGGAGGAAUUUAUAACUCUUUGCUGGGCGGUGUGGGGGGCUCGAAAUCAAGUGGUGGUGGCGCAUGGGGCGGUGGAACCGGGCAAGACGGUAGCCUAUGCUAUGAAGAUCGGAGAGUUGGGGUCCAGACUGGGAGCAGCGGUAAGGAGGCAUGGCGGAGAGUUGGUGGGUUGUGCGGUGUAUCAAGGUGCGGAGAAGUGGGAGGCGAAGGUGGGGGAAGCAAAGGCAGUCCUGCUGGGCAUGGAGCUGGGUAAGGAGCUGAGGCUGAGCCGCAUAAUAGUUGAGAGUGAUUGCCUUGCGGUGGUACAAGCUUUACGGGGCGGUGAGCGAGGUCGCAGCAGUUUUGACUUGGUGGUAGACGAUAUAAUGAGUUUGAUUUCCUGCUUCGAAGAUAUUAGAUUUACUUUUGUUGAACGUAGUGGCAACCAACUAGCUCAUAGUCUUGCCCAUCUCCAACCUUGGGAGUUUGGGACAAGAAAGUGGUUUGAUGAUUUCCCUUGUAAUCUGUUGGUUUUAGCUGAGGCUGAUCUAUCAAUAUAA